AGACGGAGUCGCUUUUUGCGGUCGCGCGUGUUUAAUUAAUCAUAAAAUUCACAUCAAAAUGCAAAAGCAACAACGAAAGUAACUCAAAGGAAACCAGAGGAGCAGAGCUGAGCGAAGAAGUAGAAAAGAAAAAAACAAAGCAAGAGAGAGAUCAAGAGAGAGAGAGGGCUAACAAAAUGUGCAAUAAACUUGAUUUUCGUAUUAAAACAACAAUUUUUUGAAUACUUAUAAAUCCUGUGUGAAAACAUCGCAUCAUCUUUGCGAUUGCCGUCGGCAAGAUACAUACGACAAAAGGAGAUACUUUCCAGAGAUGAACCCCCAAAGCGGAUAGCCCGGAAUCCUUCAAGGAAGAAGGAGUCAAAUCCCCCAGCAAAGGGUCCAGUCCAUGAGCAGCGCUAGAAAUCGCGGCAGCAAUCGUGAUCAGGAGGUGGAACGCUUCCGAUCGAGCGAGGAUAAUGUGUUCAAUAUUUCGCAAUCGCAUCAAUUAUCGGGGCGGCACAGGCACCAGGAACGGCUCAGCCGGCGGCGAUAGGGACAGGGACAAGGACAAGGAGCGGGAGAGGGAGAAUCUCCUUGCCAAGGAGCUGGAUGCGGACAGCAACAACAAUGGCGGGAUCGAGGCGGCUGCCCCUGAUGCCGAGCCCGAAGCGGAGGCCGAGCCCGAACCGGAAGCCGAGACGGAUCGGGAGCCGGAGAUGGACGAGGCCCCGGAGUCGCCGGAGCCGGAGAACAGCAACGAGGCGCUGGAUCUGUCGGUGAUCUCGGCCAGCAGUCGACUGCCCACAAGCGGUCACGUGGCCCUGGAAGCUUUACAACAUACCAAAGUGGCGGUGGCCCAGUUCGCGGCCACUGCUCUGGCGGGGGUGGCGGCGGGGAGCCAGCGGCCCGCCGACCUGGCCAUGGUGCAGUCCACGAUCUUCAACGUGCAGCGCCAGCACCUGAUGCAGCUGCAGCUCAUCCAGCAUCUACAGAGUCAAUUGAAGCGGGCCGAGGCAGCGGCCCUGGGCCGGCAGGAGGGCCACAACGAGGAGGAGCCGCCCGACGAGGAGGAGGAUGAGCAGGAUCAGGAUCAGGAGCGGGAGCGGGAGGAGGCCACACCAGACCCCAGCAAUGGCAUGCGGGAGCUGGAGGAGCACGAGCUGCGGCGCGAGGAGAGUUCAAAGACUGAAAAGAGAGAGGAGGAGAUCGAGAGGGACAGGGAGAACGAGAAGGAGCCAAGUCGGUGUCAGAUCAAGGCCCAGAAGGACCCCUCACCGGAGGCCGAGCCCGGAGCUGGCUCCGACUACCUGAUGUGCGACAUCAGCUCGAGCCUGGCCUCGAGCAUCAUCACCAACCACGAUCCGCCGCCGGCCCCCAACGAGCCCAACUGCCUGGAGAUGCUACAGCGGCGCACCGAGGAGGUCCUGGACUCGGCCUCCCAGAGCCUGCACGCCGCCCAGAUGCAGGAGGAGUACUCGGAGUACGCCUCCAAGGAGGCCCAGAGCCGCGGCGAGAUCUUCAAGCACCGCUGCAAGUACUGCGGCAAGAUCUUCGGCAGCUACUCGGCCCUACAGAUCCACCUGCGAUCGCACACCGGCGAGCGGCCCUUCCACUGCAACGUCUGCGGCAGCAAGUUCACCACGAAGGGCAACCUCAAGGUCCACUACCAGCGGCACACGCAGAUCUUUCCGCCCAUGCUGAUGCCCCCCGUGGUGGCGGCCUCGAACGGUGGACAGCCCCAGCCCGCAGGACCCCAGACGGGGUCCUCCGCGACGGAACAGUUUGCCGCCCUCAAUCCCAUCCGCCUGCCCUUUGUGCCGCCGCCGCCGCCGCCGAGCGGACAGGAGCCGAGUCCUCUGCAGCAGCUGGAGGAGAUGGAGGAGAACCGCUUGGAGCAGAAGCAGCAGCCCCAGCAAGCGGAGGAUCUCAGCAAGCCAGGACCAAAGGAAAAGGAGAACCUGAAGGAGAAGGAGAAGCCGCAGGAAAAGGCAAAGUCCCACUCCCCCGUGGAGCGGGCCAAGACCCCCAAAGUCGUGACACCAGACAUCCGACCCGAGCCCGUGCCGGAAAAGCCCGAGAAGGAGGCCCCCAAGCCAGUGGUGCCACCGCGCCGCAACGGCAGUGUCCGGAAGCGGCAGGCGAGCAGCGCCGGCAGUCCGCCCAGCGAGGAUCGGGAGCGGGAUCGGGAACGCGACCUGGCCGAGCACAUGCACAUCGCCAAGCUGGUGCGACGCUCCUCCUCGACGAGCCGGGAGGCGCCCGGCGAGUACUCGCUCGCCCAGAUGGAGCGCAUCAUCGACAAGUCGUGGGAGGAUCUGAUCGAGAUCGACAAGACCUCAGAGACGUCGAAGCUGCAGCAGCUGGUGGACAACAUCGAGAACAAGCUGACCGACCCGAACCAGUGCAUCUUCUGCCAGAAGGUGAUGUCCUGCCGCAGCUCCCUGCAAAUGCACAUCCGCACCCACACCGGCGAGCGGCCCUUCCGCUGCAAGAUCUGCGGCCGGGCCUUCGCCACCAAGGGCAACCUGAAGGCGCACAUGAGCAUCCACAAGAUCAAGCCGCCGAUGCGCAGCCAGUUCAAGUGCCCCGUGUGCCACCAGAAGUUCUCCAACGGCAUCAUCCUGCAGCAGCAUAUCCGCAUCCACACCAUGGACGACGGCAGUGGCCAGCCGGCUGCGCCCCAGGGCGAUGCCGAGCGUCUGGGCAUCGAGGAUCAGAACUCGAACAAGUCCUUGGGCACCUCGGACACCCUGGACUUCUCCACCACCAUCUCGGAUCACUCGGGACAGCGGUCGGAGUCGUCGCAGGGCGGGGACUUUGAUGAGUUCAUGACCAUGGACAGCACGGACGAUUCCAGGGACAACUCCAGUGCCGCCACGGCCACGCCUCUGCCCUUGGAUAGGGAGAGGGACAGAGAUAGGGAGCGGGAGCGGGAGCGGAGACCCCCCAAUGAUGGCUCCGAUGAACGCUCUAGAUCCGAUCUGGACAUGACUGGAGGGGGACGCAGCGAGAGCGGAGAAAUGCCCGCCAUGGAUCUCUCCUCGCCAUCAUCCGCCUCCGCGCGGCUCUUCAACGGCGUGGCAGGCGCUGCAGCUGGGGCUGGGGCUGGGGCUGGGGCUGGUCUGCCCAUGCUCGGUAUGCCCAUGCCCCCGAAUCUUCUGCUGAUGGCGGCAGCCCGCGAGGAGAUGCACGCCCUGGGCCAGGCCCAUGCCAAAUUUCCCCUGCUGCCGUUCGGCCCCCUAGGAUUUAUGGGCCUCCAUCCGCCCCCGAAUGUGUGCAAUCUGUGCUUCAAGAUGCUGCCCAGCCUGGCCGCCCUGGAGAGCCAUCUGCAGAGCGAACAUGCCAAAGAAGUCACGGCUCCGCAGACCCACACCCGAUCGCACUGCAAUGACGCCGGAUCGCCCUACGGGGCCAAGCUCACCCUCAAUCCGAAUCUGUUUGCAAAGAAGCCGCCGCCGCCAGUGCCAGUGCCGGUGCCGCCGCCGCCCCAGUCGGGCGACCCCGUGGUCGCCUCCCAGCCCCUGGAGGCGACACCCAUCAAAGAGGAGCCCGAGCAGGACCAGCUGUUGGGCGAAGAGGCCGGGGCCGGCGAGGGCGGAGCACCGGGCAGCUAUCCCCAGGAUGCCAUCGAUGCCGAACAGUCGCUGAUGAAGAUGCAGUUGCAUGCCCAUCGGUUCCCGGCCAGUCCGCUGGACUUCCAGCAGGCCCUGAUGUCCGCCGGGCCGCCGACCUCCAGCCUGGACCCGCCCGUGAACAACAAGCACUUCUGCCACGUCUGCCGGCGCAACUUCAGCUCCAGCUCGGCCCUCCAGAUCCACAUGCGCACCCACACGGGCGACAAGCCCUUCCAGUGCAAUGUCUGCCAGAAGGCCUUCACCACCAAAGGAAAUCUCAAGGUUCACAUGGGCACUCAUAUGUGGACGAAUCCCACUUCGCGUCGGGGCCGUCGUAUGUCCCUGGAGCUGCCGAUGCGUCCUGGACCGGGUCCCGGGGCCGCACACGGUGGACCCACGGCCGAGCAGGAGUUUAUGCAGCGACGACCAGAGCUCUUUUUUCCCUACCUGCCGCCCUUUUUCAAUGGACUGCCGCCAAAGCCUGGCGAGCUGAGUCCUGGCGCCUUUGCCAACAUACCGCCGCCGCCCUUUGCCAACGGUGGCAAGUAUCCCUAUCCCCCCGGCCUCUUGGGCUUUCCCGGCUUUCUGGGCCAGCAUCCCUACGCCCUGGAGCGUGGCAGCAGCAGCAAGUCCCCCACUCCAGAGCCGGCACAGAGCCCCUCGCUGCGCGACGAUGAGCUGGCCGGCAAUAUCUGGCAUCCUCUAAGCCGCAUCAAGAUGGAGCACCACCAGAACCACCUACAGGAGCAGGAGGAUCAGGCCGAUGGCGAGACGGAGGCGGGCGGUGGUGCCCUGGAGCCCGAUGAGUCAGAGUCCCGCGAUGCGGACAAGUAGCCGAGCAGCAGGCUCGGUCUUGGUUGGAACACACAUGGUUUUUUGUGGAGUACAUAUC